AUGGCGGACCCUGCGCACACCCGCGAUGGCUUCUGGGAGCAGCAGCAGCAGUCCGUUCAAAUGACCCAGGGUGUCUUUGAGGCCAUGAACAACAACAGCAUGCAGUUGCUGCAGAUGCGCGUCGACACCUUGGAAAGGCAGGUGGCAAUGCUAUCUGCGCAGGUCAUGGCAGCCGCGCUGCCCGCAUCGUUUCAGGCUUACCCAGGCGUCACGUACGGAAUGUCGCCCGCCACCUCCAACAUCACCCCGAUGUCCGCCAUGCCGACACAGAUGCCCGCGAAUAUGUAUUUCUACCAGCCGCCUGGCAUGCCCGCCGCUGCUCCAGCUAACGGUGCCGCUGCGGACGACGGCAAGGCGUCGAAGCAGCUGGAAGAUGAACUCCAGCGCAUGGGUGUGUUGGCCUACGGUGGCGCUGCUGCUGGCAGCGCCACGAACCCGGAGGCCGCAGCAGCGGCAGCGACCAUGACUUUGAUGCAGAACAGCUUCGUGGUAUCCCCGACCAGCGGCAUCCCCACCUUCCCGGGUGUGAUUGCUGGUGUCGGCAACUCCAACGGCGCCGGCCCCGGUAUACCCUUCAUGCCCGGGGCUCACGAGGUCACUUUGGCGUCCUCGAUGAUGCCGGGCCCGCCAGCCUCCCCCUCCUCCACCAAGAUGAGCAACGCGCUUUUUCAGAAGGCGUUCGGUUUCUCGGACCCGGCCAUGAACGGGGCCGGCGGCGACGGCAUGAACGCGAACAUGAGCAGCCUUCAGCGCAGUUGUGCUGUGACGCUGGACCCGCUGCAGAGCACCAACGAGAAGCUUGAGCAGAUCUGCCAACAGACCAAGAUUCGCGUUCUUUGCCUGAAGGGCUGCAAAGGAAUCACCAGCCUGAACGCUAUCUCACGCCUGCAGAACCUAUGGCUCCUGAACCUGCAGGGGUGCUCACCCUGUGUCGACGACAAUGCGGUGCGCAUGAUCGCUACGCACAACACGCGCCUCAGUCGGCUGAACCUCUGCGGGUGUGACCGCGUGACGGACGCGCAGCCACUUGCGCAGCUCUCCCUCAUGUUUGACCUCAACCUGUCCGGCACGAUGAUCGGCACCGCUUCGCUGGAGGCGAUCUCGCACGGGUGCAGCCAGCUCAGCCGCCUUGCCAUCAACAGCUGCCAGCAGUUGACGGAUGUGUCGAGCUUGAAGAACCUGUCGGAGCUGAAGCUGCUCUACUGCCGCUACUCCGAAAACAUAGACCCAGCCACCAUCGCCAACGUGCUCGCCGGCAUCGGUCAGAAUCUGCUCACGCUGAACGUGGACGGCAUCCGCUUCCGUCAGCUUGACCUUUCUAACUUGCCGCACGUAACCGCCUUGAAAAACUUCAACUGCAAAGACAAUACUCAACUUAGGGAUCUGGACUGGCUGCUGAGCAUUCCCAACGCGGCAAGGGCCUUCGAGUCGCUGGAGAUGCUGGACGUGGAAGGGUGCGGGGCGCUCGUGAGCUUCGGGCUGCAUAUCACCUCGCUGAAGCGGCUUAAGACGAUGCGUCUCACGAACACGGGCAUCACCAACGAAGAGCUUUCUCGCAUUUCGGCCUGCCCGGCGCUAGCCGCCAUUCACCUUGAAGACUGCGCUAACAUCACGAAUGUGGAAUGCCUUGCGAAUGUGCCCGGUCUCACAAAGGUGGUGCUGAGCAUGCGGAUGCAGCAUGAGGACACCAAGGCGAACGGCGUCGCUGCCCUGCGCAAGACUGGUGCCGAGAUCAUCUUCGCGGCCGCCAGCAACCAUCACGGACAAGGUGGUUCUGCCCACUAUAUGAGUAUGACGCCGACGAGCCGCUUCGCCCCGUCGAUCCCAACCACCAGCCCGAACACUGCAGCUGAGGCACACGCCUUUCCGUAA